GGACUGGAGCUUCCCACCAGAAGUAGGGGGUCUCCCGGGGGAGCGGGACAGUUCGGCGUUACCAUAGUCACGAGGAGCAUGCAAGUAUAUAUUGCCAGCCUGCAAGCGCCCAGUGGUGGGGGAUAAAAGGACUGGGAUGAAAGCAAUAUGCUCGGGGGUUCCCAUAUGUAAGGACCCGUUCGUAUAGGGAACAUGCAAACAAUGAAGCCGCUUUAGACACGGUGUCCAUAGAUCUUGCGCUGUGACGUGGAAGCCUUUUAAAUUCUAUACGACUUAAUGCAAAUGCGGGAAGUGCACUGGUUUAGGGCAAUUGAUGUCACUGGCAGACGCAAGCGGAAUUGGGGCACGUCCAACCGUGGGCCCAGCUGUUGCUGGAGAUGUUGCUUCUGUUGUCCAUAGCUAUGCGAUCUACCGAUCUUUUGGUCUUCCGUUGCUAGACGAUUUCAGGACCAGCUCCUUCACUUUCUAGAUGCAAAGCUACUCUCUCAUUCUAGAACCCCUGCAUUCAUUGCUGCCUGUACAGCCUUUUGUCUCUUCCUGGCAUCCAGAUGAUCUGGUUCUUUCCAAUGCUCAUCUGCAGUUUCUGCUGAUGUAAGAUCAUGGACAUCCUGCCACUUCUGGAGGGUAGUUUGUGGUGAUCAUUCUAACUUAAUUGCACCUCCAAGCAUGGAUUUCAGGGUGCUGUGUUAGCCUCAUGAUCCUCUUAUACAGCAUGGGUCAAUUAAAUGAUACACAAAGAGCCUCAGAAGAGUUUUAACCUUGUGGCAUGACAUCUGGAUGAAGGAAAAACUUUGUUUCCAAUUAAUAUUAAAAGCCUUGUCUCUGGGAUUCAUUGAAAAAGGAAGCUCUGAUUGGAUCAGUCACAUUUCUUUGAUGCGUGGAUUGGCCUGCAAUGAACAAAUGCCCUAAAUGGCUUCAUAUACAUUGGGAUUUUUGAUGGCGCUAAAGUUUGGAGAAAUUGAUCUUUGAGGCCCUUUCGGAAAGACAAGCUGCGAUAAAGAUGUCUGAUCCAAGUUACUGGAUGGCAUUCCAUGGGUGCAAGGGGCAUUUGGCGAAGGGUGCCUUACUGCAGCGUUCCAAAAGUUGUAGGAGCAGUAAUAGGAAGAGCCUGGUUGUUGGGUCUCCAUCUCCGACUUUGUCAAGGCCACUUUCCCCUUUGUCUGUACCUACAGCAGGAAGCAGUCCUUUGGAUAGUCCAAGGAACUUCUCCACCAGUGCAUCUGUGAACUUCCCUUUUGCUCGCAGUCAUGGGCCUCGUGCAGACAGAGCUGAUGGGCGCAGAUGGUCCCUGGCAUCUCUUCCUUCCUCAGGAUAUGGAACCAACACUCCAAGUUCCACUCUUUCGUCUUCCUCUUCAUCCCAGGAGAGGCUGCACCAGCUGCCAUUCCAACCCACUGCAGACGAACUACACUUUCUCUCUAAACACUUCCGGAGUACAGAGAGUGUCACGGAUGAAGAAGGGAGGCAUUCACCCUGCAUGCGUCCACGAUCCAGAAGCCUCAGCCCUGGUCGUGCAUCAGGAAACUUUGAUAAUGAGAUCAUCAUGAUGAACCAUGUAUAUAAAGAAAGAUUUCCAAAGGCCACAGCACAGAUGGAGGAGAGACUGCAUGACAUUAUCACAAACUUUUGCCCCAACCGGACAUUGCCACUUUCAGAUGGUGUCCUGGGCUUCAUCCACCACCAGAUCAUAGAGCUGGCUCGAGAUUGUUUGGAUAAAUCCAUGGGGGCGCUGGUCACCUCACGAUACUUUGCUGAACUUCAAGAGAAGCUUGAGAAAAUGUUACAAGACGCAUACAAUCGUUCAGAGGGAGAGGAAGUUACGUUUAUUGUCCAACUGGCAAGAAAGUUGCUGAUGGUCAUUGCCAGACCUGCAAGACUUCUGGAGUGUCUGGAAUUCGAUCCAGAGCAGUUUUAUCAUCUUCUGGAGGCUGCUGAAGGUCAUGCCAAAGUUGGCCAGGGGAUAAAGACUGAUAUUCCCCGUUACAUCAUCAACCAGCUGGGACUUACUAAGGACCCUUUGGAGGAGAUUGUCCAACUGGAGCACUAUGAUAAUGAAACCACCCUGCAACUGGAGCAUGAAGACUUCCAAGAUGCAUCUGUUUCCAGCACCCCUUCCCGAAAGAAACCCGGAGAGAACGACUUUGAGGCAAUCAAACUUAUCAGCAAUGGGGCUUAUGGUGCAGUUCACCUGGUCAGACAUAAGGAGACCCGGCAGCGUUUCGCAAUGAAGAAGAUCAACAAGCAGAACCUGAUACUGCGUAACCAAAUCCAGCAAGUGUUUGUAGAGAGAGAUAUUCUAACUUUUGCAGAAAACCCCUUUGUAGUCAGCAUGUUCUGCUCCUUUGAGACACGGCGCCACCUCUGUAUGGUGAUGGAAUAUGUAGAAGGAGGAGAUUGUGCCACUCUUUUGAAGAACAUGGGUCCUCUGCCUGUGGAUAUGGCCCAAAUGUACUUUGCUGAAACUGUCCUAGCAUUGGAAUAUUUGCACAACUAUGGCAUUGUCCACCGAGACCUCAAACCAGACAAUUUGCUGAUCACCGCCUUAGGUCAUAUCAAGCUAACCGACUUUGGGCUGUCAAAAAUUGGACUAAUGAACAUGACUACAAAUCUUUAUGAAGGCCAUAUUGAGAAAGACACACGGGAAUUCCUUGACAAGCAGGUUUGUGGGACCCCAGAGUAUAUAGCACCUGAGGUAAUUCUACGUCAGGGCUAUGGAAAGCCUGUCGACUGGUGGGCAAUGGGCAUAAUUCUUUAUGAAUUCCUAGUGGGAUGCGUGCCAUUUUUCGGAGAUACCCCAGAAGAGUUGUUUGGGCAGGUUAUCAGCGAUGACAUUAUUUGGCCUGGAGGAGAAGAAGCCCUUCCUGCUGAUGCUCAGGAUCUCAUUACGCGACUACUCCGGCAAAACCCCCUUGACCGCCUUGGAACAGGAGGGGCGCAUGAAGUGAAGCAGCACAUGUUUUUCCAUUCACUGGACUGGAACAGUCUCCUCAGACAGAAAGCAGAGUUUGUGCCACAGCUUGAGGGUGAAGAUGACACCAGUUACUUUGACACUCGGUCUGAGCGGUAUCGUCACUUGGCCUCUGAAGAAGAUGAUGAGACAAACGACGAGGAGUCCUCCGUAGAGAUCCGUCAGUUCUCUUCGUGCUCUCAUCGUUUCAGUAAGGUAUACAGCAGCUCAGAACACCUUGCUACACAACUCAACCUUAGCUUCUCUUCCACUGAAAGAAGUGACGAGAAGGAGGAGAAGUGGGAAAGGGCCACAUUUGGUGAGGAGAAGAGUGGAAUCGCCACUGAGACAAGGCUGAGGUCCUGGACAUCCUCUGGCUCCUCACACCACUCAUGGCUAAGUGAACGCAGUGCCAGUCCCGGUCUCCUUACCAGCACUUGCAGCCUGGAUACCAUGCCCAAGUUUGCCUUCUCCUCCGAAGACGAAACCUCAGACCACAAAACUGAAAAGCCUAUCUUCACUGUGGGGGAGGUUAAAGGGUCCACAUCAAAACCCUCAUCAUUAUGUGCAGAUAUUGUGAGUCUGAGUAGGACUCGUCUACGAAGUAACAGCACUGGAGCUAAAAACUCCACCCCUCGAACGCUGGAACCUGGCCUUGGCCGCCGACUCCGCUGCCAGAAAGAAACAUAUGAUAAACAGAACUCUUCCCCUGGAAACCGUGUCCCAAAAUCUGCUUCUGUCUCGGCUUUGUCAUUGAUUAUUACUGAUGAUUUUGGCAAUGGAUCUCUUAUGAGCCCCAUCUCCCCACACUCUCUCUCGUCCAAUCCUUCCUCGCGAGACUCCUCCCCCAGUCGAGAUACAGCGGUUGCAGUGACCAGUCUGCGACCACCCAUAAUUAUCCACAGCUCCGGGAAAAAGUAUGGAUUCACCCUACGUGCUAUCAGAGUUUACAUGGGAGAGACUGACGUUUAUACUGUGCACCACAUGGUUUGGAGUGUGGAGGAUGGAAGUCCUGCCCAUGAAGCUGGACUGAGAGCAGGAGACUUGAUCACACAUGUUAAUGGGGAGUCUGUUCUUGGACUUGUGCACAUGGAUGUCGUGGAACUUCUGUUAAAGAGUGGCAAUAAAGUGUCUCUGAGGACUACUCCUUUAGAAAAUACCUCCAUAAAGAUCGGGCCUGCCAGGAAAAACAGCUGCAAGGGUCGCAUGGCAAGGAGAACAAAAAAGAGCAGAAAAAGGGAAAGCCAGGAGAGGAAACGGUCACUGUUCAAGAAGAUCUCCAAGCAGACAACUGUUCUGCAAACCAGCAGGAGUUUCUCUUCUGGACUGCACCAAUCCUUGUCUUCCAGUGAGAGUCUCCCUGCCUCCCCCACUCACAGCCUGUCUCCUGGGCCAACUACCCCAAGUCGAAGCCCAGCCCCAGAAUUUCCAGCGGAUUCUGCUUCUCCCCAGAGUACGUCACCCUGCUCAAGCACACCCAGCUCCCCUGCUGGGCACAUCCGCCCCAGCACACUGCAGUGCCUGACACCCAAACUCAGUGGUCAGCGGUACAAGGUGGGGCGUAGGAAAUCUACUAGCAGCAUCCCUCCGUCCCCGCUCGCCUGCACACCCUCCCCUGUCCCGCAACAACCUGCUUCUCCACAGCGUUCACCUUCUCCAUUACUGCCUGGGAACCCAAGAAGUGGGCAUGGAGUUUUCCAGGCCAAAACGUUAUCACCUCCAACAAUUGUUCGUCAAGGAGCUCGGACCCGCUCAUCAGAGGCCCCAAGGUCACCUCUGCUGAAGCGAGUUCAAUCUGUAGAAAAGAUGGCUACAUAUUUAGCCACUGGGCGUAAGGUUGCUGAUGCUCAGCAUUGGGAGGAGUCUGAGGCAUCUGAUGGUGGGUAUGAGGCCACAAGCCGUUCUAAGGAUUGGGCAUCUGAGAAGCACGAGCGUGACUCAGAGGUAGUAGUAAUGCGGAGGCUAAAUCUUUCAGAAAGAAGAGACUCUUUUAAGAAACAGGAGGCUGUACAGGAAGUGAGUUUUGAUGAGCAGGAAACUGGACCUGGUGAAUCUGUUCCUGAUGAUAAGAUCAUAUGUGGCUCAGGACUGUGGGAGAGACUUCCACACCAAACUUCAUGGGUGCAAACUCGACCUGCAGGUUCAUCUCUAACAGCAACUUCCCAGGAACAACCAGCUCGGCAGGUACCACAGAUAGCUGUUCACACAUCAGAGACUGAAGAGCAGGAGAAGAUCUCAGGGGUCUGGGAGUGCCAAGGCUUUUACCCCUUACAGCUGACUGGUAAAGACAAAUGUCCUCUUGUGUCAUGGUUAUCAGAACCAACAGCUGCUAGCACAGAAAAGCACCAUGAGAGCCACCACAUUUCUGCGCAACAAGGCUUUCAAGAUCACCUGAAAAUAUCCCCCCUUGAUGCACACCUGGAGCCAAACAAAAAGGAGCAGACUAAGCUGAAAGAGAAGGAAGCAAGGGAUCCAUCACUGAAGAAGGCCAGCUAAGCUUUAACACUAGACCCUUUUAGUAACUUUGUAUAAGGGACAAAUAUGAAAUUAUCUUGUUUGUUAACUCUUUCCAUUGUGAGGCUAUUUACCCUGUGAAAAUUUGUACUGUUUGAAAACCCAGUGUGGUUUACUUCAUUUUUGGUUCUUCCACUUUUAAGAAAACUGUUUCUUUAAUUUCAUUUAUUUGAUGUGUGAACACAUGCAUUUUUCCCAUAUGUGUUUUUUAUUAUUAAUACAAGAAGGAAAAGUUGUACUAUGAAAGUACAUUCCAAGAUGUCUGAUAUUUAUGGAAUAAGUUUCCAUUUCUACUGUUUUUAGAUAAAUCAUUUGUGAAGUAAUGAUGUCUAUAGGUGUGAAAAUCCAAUGCUCAAGGAGCAGCAACAUAACAAGUUGAAACCUGCUUUGUCCUGUAUUUAAUUGUAUAGAAGCAUACAAAUGUUCUGAAUCUAUGAUCAGAUUGGUUAACUAAGGCAAAUGUUACCUCAAUCUUUUGAGGAUGGCUUAGUAUGCUGGGCAAGAGUAGCCCCCUCAAAGAUUCAGGUGUCCCAUAGAGAUGUUUUACAGUCCCGAACCAAUUUAAGCUGAUUUGUAAGAAAAA